AGCGCGGCGAGCUAACAACAACGGCAAACAAAACGCAAGCGCAAACGGCAAAGGCAAAGCCAAUCGCAUUCGCGACGUGCUUAGAAUUUUGUUAUUGUUACGAUUUUGUUUGAGAUGAGUUAGAACUUAAUGUGGAGUUCGUUUGGGCGAAGUAAAACGAGAGAGGGAGAGCGAGCGUACGAACGAAAGAUAGAGAGUCGAGAAUUCAAGGAGCACAAAAAGUGAGAGCGUGAGCGCGGGAGUGUGUGCAUACGUGUAUGCCUGUGCCUUUGUGUGCGUCUGCGACUGCGUCUGCGUCUGUGUGUGUGUGUGUGAGAUCAAGAUCUACUACGGACAGCAGCUAGCUGCAGCUUCUCAUCGCCUGGCUGCAACAGUUACGAUUCGUGCGCGUCGCUUGCAACAUCAAAUUGUUUUUCGGUUUCCGUUUCGGCUUCCAUUUGUUGUGUUGUGUUGUGUUGUGCUGUGUGUAACUGUGUGUGUGGGAAAAAAUGCAACAAAAAUGUGUGUCCAUUAGUUGUAAACGUUUUGGCGCUUGUAAUUGGCGGCAGCUGCUUUUGUUUUGCCUUUAAGAGCAACCAACAGUGAAACAGUGAACUACAGCGACAGCAGCAACAGCAGCGACAGCAGCAGCUGAAAGCAAAUGCAUUCAAGGUGCGCUUAAUUAACAUGCAAUUGGCAACAGCAACAGCAACAGCAACAGGCAAGCAGCAGCAACAACGGCGAGAGGCUAACGACAACAGCACGUCAAAGAGCGCAAUCACAGUUAUCAAAAGAAACUAAAAUUGCCGGUAGGCAGCAACAGCAACAUCAACAGCAGCAACAUCAACAAAACUUUGCCAAUCAGUCAAAGGCUAAAGAUGAGUUGUGCAGCUGUGCCCUGUAGCAGCUAAUUAAAGCGCACAGCGACAGCAACCGUUGCAGCAUCAUCGAUAGCAACAGCAACGACAAAAUCAGCGACAACAGCAACACCAACAACUGGCAAUAGCAACAGCAACUUGGCAACGGCAACAUGUCACUCGUUUUGCGGAGUCAACGCGCCUUCAUUGAGGAAAAUGCACGUCAAUUGCCGGGCAGUGAUAGUGGCACCCCGAACUCUACGCUGACCAGGUCGGUGCGCAGCUGCAACUGCUGUCCGUAUGGCUACCACAUCGACCUGGACUUUGUGCGCUACUGCGAGGCCCUGGCCAAUGCCAAGCCCAGCGAGGAGGAGCUGCAGCGACGCGAUCGUCGACGCUCGCGCAAGUCGAUGGAGUUUAUGUUGGGCUUCGAGAGUCUCUUUGGCAGCGACUGGCAGCCGGAAGGCCGUGUGCAGCCCAAGCUAAUAGAGGCCGCACAUGAAAGCGAACCGGAUUCGCCACGCCCCGCUGCCGGACAGUCGGCCGGCUAUCGGCCGCGCUCGGCGUCGGUGCCACGCUUCAGCUACGGUAGCAGCAGUUUGGCACCGCGCCCCGAGUCGCCCUACGGCACCGCCUCCUCCACCUGCUCCUCGCUGCGCGGCGGCAUCGAGAGCGAUGCGGGCAUCUAUCCGUCACCGAGGAGCCAGAGCAAUCACAGCUACGGACAUGCCCGUCCGGCCGUUAGUCCGCCGGAACGACGCGCCUUCCUCCACGAGGCACUCGACGAAGUCUGCAGCGAUUUCGAGCGAACGCUGGAGCGGGCCUCGACCAAGCGGCGCAAGGCGGGCGCCUAUAGCUAUGCCAACGGCGGCUCCCACUCCACUCCCAUGGAUCGCAACAACAACAGUCUCAGCCUGAGCCUAAGCCUCAACAAUGGCUACGGCUCCAAGGAGGCCAAGGAACGCCGCAUGGGCCACAGCACGUGGGAUCGUUACUUUGAUGUCGCCGCAGACUCCUGCAUGGCUGGCAACCGCUCGCCGCGCUCGAGCACUCCGCACCUCUUCCAGCGCUCGAACACGCUGCCUCUGCAGCAGCGGCCCAGUCCCGGCGAGGUGCAGUACGAGAGCUAUGUGCUGGCCACGGUGGCGGCCAAUGCCAAGUCGCCGGUGGAGCAGCUGGAGCAGGUCAAGGCCGCGCCACCCCCGCCGCCGCCGCGUCGCCAUCAUCUGACGGCCACGCCCAAAAGCACCAAGGAGACCAAUGGACACGACUCUGCCAGCCCGCUGCAGUCGCCCGCCAGCUCCGAGGCUGGGCAGACCACGGCGGAUGCGCAGGCACUCUGCCAGAUACGCGAGCAAAUGGCGCUGAGCCUGAAGCGACUGAAGGACUUAGAGGAACAGGUCAAGGUCAUACCUGACAUGGAGCUGGAGCUGAAUUCGCUCCGCUCUGAGAAGCAGCGCCUGCAGCGACGCAACGAGGAGCUGCUGCGCAGUCAGCGCCAGACGCCGUCGCCGCCCAGUCCGGGCGUCAAGAACGGCUCACCCGUGCAGUUUACGCCGCAGCGCAUCAGUCCCGUUUCGCUGGAGAGCUUGGGCGCGCGCAUGCGCAGCAGCUCCAGCUCGCCGAGCAUCAUACGACGCGAUGUGGCCACGCAGGCAGCGGGCAAGGUGACAGCCACACGGGAUGCGGCCGUGGGCGCCAAGCUGAGCGUACGGGAUGUGGCCACGCAGCAGGCGGAGGCGAUCUACUCACAGGCGGAGCUGAAGCAGAGGAUCGAGCAGGCGAUCGGCGAGCGGAGGCAGCAGCGGCUCAGGCAGCUCAUCUCGGUGGGCACCCAGAUGUAUGUGCCGCAGCGCGAGCAGCGGGAGAAGGGCAUGCAGACGGUGCCGGAGCGGCCGGUGCUCAAGCACAAUGUGAGCAUCAGCGCCAAGCCCGCGACGAGGGAGAGCUUCACCAGCUGCCAGCCGGAAGUGCGCAGCGUGGGCAGCUCGGAGCACCGCAUCACGGACGUGCUCUGCGAGAAGUGUGCCAUUACCAAGCGCAGCGUCAGCGUCAGCUGCGGCACCGAGGAGCCGCUGGAGAGGCCGAAGCCAGCUCAGCUGCUGCCGGGACGCAGCAACACCUUCAGUCUCGGCGAGCACGAGCAGCUGGCGAUCAAGCGCAAGGCCAUCGGCUGUCAGACGCUCUCCACUUCAGUCCACUCGGCAUCGAGUCAAACCACAACGGCCACAGUUCGCUCGACCGGAGCUCAGGUCAUGCCGGAGCAGCAGCAGAUGGCCACCCAAUGCGCGCCCGUGGAGGCGACCAGCCGGCAGACGGACACCAACGGCCUGCAGCGACUCACACGCAGCAGCGUCAAGGCCGAGCAGCUGAUGGCGCCACUCGUGCGACCCACGACCUGCCACACCGGCAGCAACACUGAGCCGUCGCCAUUGGUCAAGCCGGAGCGCCUCACGGUUCACUCCGCCUGCAACACGGAGCAGGUGCGCAAGCGAGACGUCGGCUGUGGCGACAUCGUCAAGCCGCACAUCUCGAUCGCCUGUGCGGCCAACUACUGUGAUUCCUGCAAGGAGGCCAUCCAGGUGCUGGCCAAGGAUUUCUCGAAAGCGGAGACCAGCGACUUGGCUCCCGUCUCCCCAACAGCUGCAGCAGCUACGCCCACAGCUGCUUCCUCCACCACUUCCACGGUGCGCCGCUCCUCAUCGGCGGACUCACGCAUACCGCGCCCCAAACAUCUCACUAGUCCCAGCCCGGUGCGCAAGCAGUUCCAGCGGCAGAAUACUUACACGCUGCCAACGGCCGCAGGAGCAGCAGCGACUCCCAAGAGUCCAAAGGCGGAAGGAAAAACGCUACUGAGCUCGCUGCAGGAGAAGCCGCCGAGCGCUGCGCUGGACGCGUCGCCGGAGUCUCAGAGCUUUAUCAAACAGCCGUCCAGUAAGUCAACCUCCACGUCCAAGGAUCUGGACUUCACCCAAAUGGGCGACGACGAGUUGAUUGUGCGCGAGGAGAAGCGUGUCAGCAUUAGUUGGUCGCGCGAUGCCUCGCCAGCUCCGCUGAUGACAUCGUCGGCCACGACGACGACCAGCACCAAGUCCGCCUCGCCGGAGCAAGCGUCCAGUGACUCCAACGUGGAGCGCGAGAUAUCGCAGGGCGCGCGCAAGAAGUCCAGCACGCCCCUCAAGUCUAGUCAGAGCGAGGGCUCCCAGGUGACCGUCAUCGAGCGGAAGACAGAGGAUGCGGAGCCCAACAGCACAAAAGAGGAGCGGCCGCCCACCAAGGCACAGCUGCAUCAGCUCGCCCAGGCGCCAACGGAGCCCAGGCAAAAAUCUGAGUUGGCCAAGGAGCUGAAGGAGGCCCUCAAAGUGAUCAAUGAUUCGCUGCUGAAGAAGCUGGGCUCUCGGCCAAUCACUUCGUUCAGCCUGAAGGCAUCCAAGGCCACCAUUAGCGACCACUGGUUCCGCAUAUCCAGCACGGCCACAUCCAAUCCCCACGAGGUGGAGGACUACUUGGACUACUUUGAAUCUCUGUCGGUGCCACUUUUGGAGUACUGUGUCAAUCUCUCCGAUAGCAAUGGCAACACGGCCAUGCACUAUGCGGUCUCGCAUGGCAACUUUGACGUCGUAUCCAUACUGCUGGAUUCCAAGGUUUGCAACGUAAACCAAAUGAAUAACGCGGGAUACACGUGCGUCAUGCUCGUCUCGUUGGCCAAGCUGAAGCAAGCGGCGCAUCGGACAGUCGUGGAGCGACUGUUUCAGAUGGCCGAUGUCAACAUACGAGCCAAGAAGCACUGCCAAACCGCAUUGAUGCUAGCUGUGUCGCAUGGUAACAGCGACAUGGUCGAAAUGCUGCUCGAGGCCGGCGCCGAUAUCAACAUCCAGGAUGAGGAUGGCAGCACGGCGCUGAUGUGCGCCGCCGAGCACGGCCGUGUGGACAUUGUGAAGCAUUUGUUGUCGCAGCCGGAAUGCGAUUCACUGGUUCAGGAUGUGGAUGGCAGCACGGCCUUCAAGAUCGCCUGGCAGGCCGGACAUCGCGACGUGGGCUUGCUGCUGUACGUGCACGAGCAAAUGCUGCGCAGCAAGCUGCCCAAUCGUGGGGAGCCCGUACGCAAGUCUCUGCCCUUGCCCGCGCGCCCCAAGCAGCCAAAGUGAGGCGCAGCGGCUGGGCCGGGCAGCCAUUUUUGUAUUAGCGGCCAAAAUGUCGAACAAAACGUUAGUGGUAAGAUUUUGAAUUAGCAUUUCGUAGCGCUGCCUAGGGAAAGUAGCUAAAAAACCAUUCCAACAAACAAAACUGUUCAUAAUUUAGCUAAUAGUUAACACUCACACAAACAAAUGAAAGGCGCAAACAAUACUUUUUAAUAUUAACUUUAAGUUGUAUUUAA